AUGAACCCCAACAACCCGCGGAGGGCCCCUAAGCCUGGUGUUGUCAAAUCACCGUUUGCGCAAUCGAACCAGCAAAAAGCCGUCGCGUCGCCGUUCGGGGCUCAGCCCGCCCAGCAAUCUCCAUUUUCCAGAGUCUCAAACAGUGCUUCCCCCUCGAACGUCGCCAAAAACCCAUUCGCCCAACCUACGAACAUUACGAGACAACAACCUUCGACGAAAUUUGUUGGCGCCGGAUCUAAUGUUGCCGCCGCCAUGGAGCAUGCCUCGACGUUGAACAAUUACCAGGAACGCUUUGACAAACUGAAAAUUGAUCAAGUGACACAGCGCGAAAGGGCGAUCAAGGAUGGGCAAAUGGCGGACCCGAAUCAGCCGACUUCUUUGAAUCAGGCUAUCACACCCGUGGGUACCUGCACUAGCAUGUGUCCUGAUUUCGAGAGGGUGGAGCGAAUCGUCCAGAAAGCAGUCGACAAAUGUGAAAAGUAUUACAACCCGUCAACGGACCAGCUCGAAAUCAUGGAAACCAAAAUGGUGAAGCGCUUCCGGCGUGCGGCAGCUGGAAAUGACGAGCAAUUGCCCUCGGAUAUCCGGACACCAAGGACACUUUUACAAACCAUGAACUACCUGAUCCGUUAUGUUAUCAAUGGUGGUGAACCGUUGGCCGUCAUCCACAUGUUUGUCUGGAAUCGGACACGGUCAAUCCGAAACGACUUCUCGGUGCAGCAACUUACACAAGAAGAAGACGUGAAGACAGCCGUCACUUGUCUAGAAAGGAUUGCGCGAUUCCAUAUCGUGUCCCUGCAUCUUCUUUCUAACCCGGCGAACACGGAGCAAUUUGACCGUCACCAGGAGCGUGAGCAGCUCAACAACACCAUGCUCUCUCUCAUGUACUACUACGAUGACAACCGCGAGCGCAUCCACUUCCCUAACGAGGACGAGUUCCGUGCCUACCACAUCUUGUUCUCGAUCCAUGACCAGCGGCCUGACCUGGAAGCCCGUGUUCAGAAAUGGCCAACUGCCCUGCUCGCUUCGCCUCGAGUGCAGGUGGCAUUGGAACUAUUUGCUGCUGCCUGUAAUACAUGGGAGCCUCAAGGUGCUCUGGAUUCUCGUCGACCGAAUGCAAUUGCUCAGGGAUUCUACGCUCGUUUCUUCAACAUCAUCAAUUCCCCGAGUGUGUCAUACCUGAUGGCCUGUGUGGCUGAGGUCUACUUCAACCACAUUCGUCAGACAGCAAUCCGUGCAAUCUGGAAAGCCUACUGCCGGACUCCGCUGUCACAGCAAUCCAAAAACGAUCACUGGACUGUGGAGGAAUUAACUAAGGUGUUACACUUUGAUGAUGACGAGCAGACAAUCGAAUACUGUAAUGCACAAGGGUUACAGUUUGCUGAGAACGCAAGUGGUGGACUCUAUCUCAAUUGGGGUGAUCGACCAGUAGACUCUGUCGACUUUGCGCCUUCAUCUGACCACUCUUUCUCUGAAACAUAUGUGGAGUCAAAGCGCGCAGGACGUAGUCUUGUCGCCAUCAUUCUCGGCAUGAACAUCAGAGAAGCCGCAAGAAUGGGCAUGAUUGAUCGCUCCCAGUUGCCCCAAAAGAGUGAAACUCUGCCUGAGGCAGAGGCAGAAGAUGGGGAUCUCUUCGUGAGUGAUAUUGAUAAUCAGACGCCCGCACCAGUGGUUGAAACACCGAACGCCCUUCUUCAGGACACAUCUGCUUCUGAAUUCCGGGUCGCUUCUGAGUCUCAGGAACCUUUACAACCUCCCCCUGCAGCUUCGCCUUCCCUGUUCCAGUCAAAUCUACCACCAGCCACUUCAAAGCCGCCAAAUCCUUUCGCGCCGGCCUUUCAGCCAUCUAAAAUGGCAUCUCCUCCCUCAAAUCCAUUCACAACUUCGAUCCCCUCCACCACUGUUACGCCCGCAGCGCCAUCUCCUUUCACUUCUUCGCCGAGUCCGUUCUCGUUCCCAAAAGGGCCCGGAAAGACCGACACCUGCGUGACCACUAAUCCUGACACCGCCGACAAGGCAGCUGUUUCGUCAUUUACUCCUGCCGGCCCUUCACCAUCCGCUUUUACCUCUACUUCUUCUUCUUCCCAACGCCAAACUCGAGGCGGAGGCACCUACAACAACUCCCCUGCACCCGCAUUUCCAAAGCCCAGUUUAUUCCCCCCUGCAUCGUCAACUGCAGACAAGCCCGCUUCCAUGUUCCCGAAUGGCCCCGGCUCUGUGCUAUCAACUGGCCCAAGCCCUUUCACUGCGCCGUCUCCAUUCUCCUUCUCCAAGCCAUCGGAGUCAACCCAAAAGACGGAGGCUCCUGCGGUAGCCACACCUGCGCAGUCUACGCUGUUCAAGCCCAGCACUUCGCCUCCUGAGGCGCCGACUGCGGAGAAACCCGCGUCUGCAUUCUCUUCCGGCGCCGGCGCGUUCACUGCGCCGUCUCCAUCCUCCUUCCCCAAGCCAUCAGAGCCAACCCAGAAGACGGAGACACCGGCAACAGUUGCCGCCGCGCCCUCUACGCUGUUCAAGCCAUCACCUCCUGCAUCGUUGGCUGAAUCCAAGAAUCCCUUCGCGUCUUCGGCGUUCUCUGGUGCUAACCCCUUUGGCCAGACGUCCAUGUUUCCAAGGGCAGGCCCUGGGGUGGGCAAACCUGCUGCAGAUGUUUCUGCACAGUCUACGAUGUUCAAGACCGACACCAAAACACAGCAAUCAUCGGUUGCGUCGAACAAUCCUUUUGCACUUCCGAGCACUCCGCUAUCUUUCCCAACUGCUGCUACAUCUGCUGCUCCAUCUCCAUUCCAAGCCGCCAAGGCCCCAGAGACAGCUGUCAAAGCCAAGGAACCUGCAGCUGCAUUGAGUUCCGGGCAGCCUUCCUCGCCAUUCUCAGUGAACAAUGCAGGAUCUUCGGCUGCAACUCAAUUUCCAGUUCCCGGCUCAGUCUUUGCAGCUCCCAAGCCACCGCAGCCAAGCCACAAAGCGGACAUUCCAGCAACUACAGCGCCCACGCCUGAGCAGCCACUAUUGACUCCAUCCCCGUCAUUGAGUAGUUUACAGUCGCCCAAGCUGAGUGAAACUUCAGUAUUCAGCCAGUCGGCACCUGCACAGGCUCAAAUACCUAGCCCGCCUCCCAUCAACGGCUCCGCUUCGGUUUCGGGCACGCGUCGGUCUGUUUCGCACACCCAAGCGACCGCCCCCUCACCUCCCCGGACUCUCUUUGAAGCACUUCGACAGCCUAAGAUAUUCGACGCCACAUCCAGUACAUACUCGCCUGAAGCGGCAACUACUCAGCCGUCAGCGCCCUUGUUCCAAGGCCCAGAACCCUCAGUGGCUCCUGGACAUCAAGCGUCAUUGAAACGACAACAUGAGGCCACCGAUGCAGAAGCACCCCUUCAGCACAAGAGGCGCUCCUCACUGAAAGGAAAAUCUCCUGCUGCAGUGCCCGAUGGAUCAUUCAAAAGGUCCGUUCAUUUCGAAGAGGAAGAGCCUCUGCCACAGGACUCGGAAGUGUCUUCGGCGCGCAAGAAGUCUAAAGUCCUCAAAAAGAAGCGAGUGUCGGAUGAGCAAACUGAGCCCCAGCUGGAGGAAGAGGGCCCAAGUACUAAGGCGCCCAAGGUUUCCACAGCGGAAGAACAUGUCCCUUUCAAUUUCUCCGUCUACAAAGCGGAAAACCGGCCCAUACCGAAGCUCCCGAUCUUGGAAAAGCUGGAAGAAAAGCUUGCACGAGCCAAGGCCUUGUGCGAGCCGAAGGCCCUGACCGAGGAACAACUCCAGUACAUUGAAGAAGCUCGACUGAAACGGGCUCGCCAAGUCGAUGAGGACGAGAUUGCCCUCUCACGAGCACGGAUCUUGGCCGAGAAGUUGAGGACGGGCCCUGGAAUCUUCGACGGUUGGACCGGAAGAAUCCGAGAGCCAUGGCACGACCCAAACUGGAAUCCCAUUGCCCGGAUCGUGGAAAAGUAUCAAGCCCGAAAUAUUCCCCAACCAAAUUCCUAUGUACCCCCGCGUCUGACACUCAAUCGCACUGCCAGAGGAUACGAGGUCGCUUAUGCUCCUGAUACACCGGACCGACCUAUGUCCCGAACCGAACAGCGUAUUCGACGAACUGGUGCUCGUGGACUUGCGCAUGUGCCUCUGGACUUCGAACGUCAUAGGCGAGAGAAAGAGGAGAUGGCUAAGAGUGAAGUAAAAGAAACGGGGUUAAAAAAAUCAAAAGAAUAG